GACUUGUCUGUAUAUAUACGGAGAGCCGCAGCCUUCCGGUUCCGGGUCAUCCGAACACAUCCAAAGUCCCCACCCAUCCACCAGCACCCAGUGAUCUCAAGGAGUCAAGGGAGGAGAGCUAGAGAGGCAGAGAGAGGGCAGGGCAGGGCCACGCGACGCGACGGAGAUGGAGCACACGAAUCAUCGCCGCCGUCGUGGCCUCCGCCUCCCUCGUCAAGCUUCGCCUGUCGUGUCGACGACGUCGACGACGACGACACUCCUGCUACUUGUCAUCUGCCUCGCGGCGUUGACAAGGACGCCGGCGGCGGCAGAGGCGCUGCGCAAGCGCGGGGCGGACGAGGGCGACACCGGCGGCGGCGGAGGAAGCGGCUGCGACAACAAGGCCGGCGGGAAGCAACCGUCGCCGGUGUGGGUGUUCGGGGACUCGUACGCGGACACGGGGAACCUGGGCGACCUCGGGCGGGAGCUGACCCGCGCGUGGUACGACCCGUACGGCGUCACCUUCCCCGGCCGCCCCACCGGCCGCUUCUCCGACGGCCGCGUCCUCACCGACUUCAUAGCCUCCGCGAUGGGAGUGCCAACGCCGGUGGCGUACAAGCUGCGGAGGGGCGCCGCGCGUGGGCUCAUGGCGCGUGGCAUGAACUUCGCCGUGGGCGGCGCGGGCGUGCUGGACACCGGCAACUUCCAGCGCAACAUCGGCGCGCAGAUCGACCUGUUCCAGGCACACCACCCGCCUCCCACCCGCGGCUGCGACGCCGGGGUCGCCGUCGUCGUCGUCUCCGGCAACGACUACUCCUACGCCGCCGACAAGGACAACAGCACAAGCGCCGCGAUCGCCUACAUCCCGGCGGUGGUGCGGCAGCUCCGGGAGCAGCUGCGGCGGCUGCGCGACGAGGUGGGCAUGCGCAAGGUGGUGGUCACCAACCUGCACCCCAUGGGGUGCACGCCGCUCUUCACCCGCGCGCUCAACUACACGGCCUGCGACCCGCUCGCCAACGCGGGCGCCGCGCAGCACAACGCGGCUCUCCAGUCCGUGCUCGCCGCGCUCGACCCGGCCAACCGCACGUUCCUCCUGCUCGACCUCAGCACGCCCUUCACCGCCUUCGUCGUCGAGGACGCGCCGGAGAGGUUCCCGGAGCCGAGGCGGCCGUGCUGCGAGAGCUUCAGCGGCGACGGCCACUGCGGGCAGCAGGACGACGGCGGCAGGAGGCAGUACACGCUGUGCGAUGACCCGAGCAAGCAUUUCUACUGGGACGACGUCCACCCGACGCAGGCCGCGUGGGCCGCCGUCGCCCGAACAUUCAGGCCCAAGAUCCACGAGUUCCUUCUGUCUACCUGACCCCAGUUGUUGGGAAAAUAUCACAUUUCCCCUAUGAGAUGAUGAAAAAUAGGAGUACUCAUCAAAAGAAAAGCUAACCAAGCUUGUUGGAUCCUUAGUGAAAUUCUCCUGCCAUUGUUCCUCUAAAAUUGGAUCCUUAGUGAAAUUCUCUCGUCGUUCCUCUAAAAAUGUGGCUACAUUUGUUUUCAAAAUUAAUAUAAAUACAGGAGCCACAAGAUUGUAUACCAAGUUUGCGUUCACUAAAUAUACAUUUAUCAGAA